AUGCUCCACCAGGCAGCCAGCGAUGGGAGCAGAUGUCCCCAGAGCCCAGCUCAGUCUGUGGAAGCUCAGGAUGCCAAGGCCACAGCCCCCAGCCUGGAAGAGACCAGGGAGUUUCUUCCCACUGACCGGAGGCUGCCACAGGACACCAAGAAGGAAAAGACCCAGAGACGGGGCCAGCAGGGGUGGCUGAAGACCUUAAUGAACUUCCUCCUGAGGACAGGCCCGGAAGAGCCCAAAGAAAAGGCCAGCCGGAAGGCAAAAGGGAAGGAGGGCCUCCCCAAGCCUGCAGAAACCCCGGAGGCACCAGGGGAGACAGCUCCGAGGAAGAAAGCCCACGACAAGAAGGCCAGUCGCAAGAAACACAGUCACAAGAAACAUGUUGCUGAGGAAACCAAGGGGGCCCAAGAUCAGGAGGCCGAAGGCCAAGAGAUAGGGCUGCCCAAGAUGGCUGCCGCCCCACGCCCUGAGGAGGCUGACCUGGGCCCAGCACCCAAGGGUGGGAAAGGUUCUGGUCUCCACCAGUCCUUGCUCAUUGAAGCCGGGGGUCCUGCAGCAUCCGAGGUUUCUUCUCAAGCCACAGGUCAUCGGCCCGAAGAGGAACUCAGAAAGCUUGACCAGGAUAAAAUCAUCAAGAUGAUAGUGGAAUUCCUCCAAAAAGUGGGAGACCAGUGGGAGGAAGAGCAGCUUCAAGCUCCUCAACCAGAGGUGGUUGUACAGAUUCCAGUGUCAUUUGACAGGAAGAAAUUCCAAGAGAAAAAGUCUAGCUUCAAGAGAGCGUUUUCUCAUAAGAAACAUGGCUCUGAGGAGGCUAAGAGAGCCGGGCCUGCAGACGUUUCCAGCCCGGAGUCCCGGCCACCCAAGAGGCCCAGCUUUCUCCCCCUGUGUGUUGGGGGCCAUCAGCCCUCCACCUCCAGCAGCCCUGGCUCGGAGGAACCCAAAGUCCAAGAGGUCCUGCCUACAAACAGCGGGGGUCUGAGUCCCUUGGAGCUUUCCACCCCAGCAGGGAGCCAGGGACCCGAAGAGGACUUGCAGGCGAACAGAGCCUUGGAAUUCAGAGAAUUCAUCCAGAAGAUCAUUGCCCUACUCCAGGAUGCGGAAGAGCAGGGGGGAGAGUUUCUCUCAUCUCCCCCGCAACAGGUUCGAGUCCAGGAACCAGAGGUGGCUGUAGAAAACCUGUCCCCACCCUACAGAAGGAGAUCCCAAGAGAAGAAGUCCAGCCUCAGAAAAGCUUUUUCUUAUAAGAGACAUGGCCCCAAGGAGCCCAGGAGAGCGGGGGCCGCAGGUGCUGCCAGCCCGGAGUCCCGGCCGCCCAAGAGGCCCAGCUUUCUGCCCCUGUGUGUGGGGGGCCAUCAGCCCUCCACCUCCAACAGCCCCGACCUGGAAGAUGUCGAGUUCCAGGAGUCCUCGCCUGCAGAAGAGACACCUGUGGGAUCCUCCGACGUGCCCUCCCAGACCAGAAGUCACCAGCCAGAGGGGGGACCUCAGCCAGACGGAGUGUUCGAAUCUAAGGAGCUGGUCAUCCAGAAUCUGGUGGCCCUUCUCCAAGAAGUGGAUGGCCAGUUGGGGGAGCAGAUCAGGCGACAUCCCAGCUUCAAGAGGUUUUUCUACAAGGUCUCGGACUCCUCCCUCAGGAAGCUGGCAGCCACCCUGCACAGCCAGAAAGCCCGCUCUCCUGAGCUGGGCAGGAACCUCACCAAGAGACCCUACCAGCUUGCCUUUGGCCUCACCAACAAAUUUGCCAGCAACAAUAGCCACGCCGUCUUCAGCCUCAUGGGCCUGUGCUACAGCCACGCCAGUUACACCCACUUCCCGUACAGGGAGGCCCAGCAGAACAUCACAAAUCCUGAGAGCCAGAGUCCAGAUUAA